GUGUAAAGAGGAGAACUAAAACAAUGAGAUUUCUUCUGGGAUUGAUCUCUUUUGUCAUUGCGUUUGCUGCAGUGGAUUCCUCUCUGUUAUGCACCGAGUGCCGAGGGGAAAUGUCCUGCAUGGGCGCCAAUGUGACCUGCGCUGGUGAAGAAUACUGUGUUAGUUGGUUCACUGUGGAAACCAAUGGAGGAAAUGCAACAAAGUCUCUGAUCAGAUCGUGCGCGCCAGUAGAGCAAUGCGACUUCUCCGCAAGUAUCCGUGUCACUAACGGGAGCGUCAAGAUAGUCAGCUCUUGUUGUGAUACUGACAACUGUACUCCUCAGUUACCCCCAUUGCCAGCUGACAGCCCCCAGACGCUUGGGAUUAUGUGCCCGGCAUGUACAGCUUCUCAAUUCAGUUCCUGCAGCAGUGAGGAGACAAUACAAUGUGGCGGCAGGGAGAGUCGGUGCAUCGAGUACUCAAGCUCAUCAGGAAACAGUACAAAGGCAGUCCGUGGGUGCGCCCCCAGAAGUUCCUGUGGCCCCGAUGGCCUUGAUGGUCCUGAGCCUCUGUCUGUGAACAUCAGUGGAUUUCAUUUUACCUUCAACUGUACCGAUGCUGAAAUUAUUGACUCUCCCAUAUCCUGUACUGAGUGCAAUUCUUCCGAUAGUUCCUCCUGCUCGGGCAAUAAUGUGACUUGCCCCCCGGGCUAUGCCUGUAUAACUCAUCACAAAGUCGAAAUUCAAGAUGGAGCCAAGACGGAAAGCAUAGUGAGGACGUGUGGAAUGCAAAGUAGCUGUGAGGAUUCAGUAAGAAAAAGCCUUCCUGGAUAUACAUUGAUUGACAGCACCACCUGUUGUUACACCAACAAUUGCACACCGGCCAUCAAAUUACAUAGCAACCAAACCAAUGGGCUGACAUGUAAAACCUGCACUGCUGAAAAUACAGAUACUUGUGAUAAUGAGCAAACUAUGGAAUGCAGUGGGGAUGAAAAUAUGUGCUAUGCGGAAUUAACGCUGCUAUCAGAAAGUCUUCAAUAUGUCUAUGGUUGUGCGACUAAAGGUAUUUGCGGUAGGGUAUAUCCUUCUGAGGAUGCAACGGUUAGUUACACCUGCCAGAUUCCAAAAGCAAUGUCUAUGGAAAGCACAACCGCAAGUGCGGCAACUGGAACUACUUGGACUGUAACUGUAAGUGCAGGAACUGGACCUACUGGGAACACAACCAUAAGUGUAGGAACUGGACCUACUGGGAACUCAAGCACAAGUGUGGGAACUGGACCUACUGGGAACUCAAGCACAAGUGUGGGAACUGGACCUACUGGGAACUCAAGCACAAGUGUGGGAACUGGACCUACUGGGAACUCAAGCACAAGUGUGGGAACUGGACCUACUGGGAACUCAAGCACAAGUGUGGGAACUGGACCUACUGGGAGCACUAGUGAAGGUAUUAAAAAUACCAGUGCAUCUCUGGGCAGCACUGUAGGAACUACUGGAAGUACCACAGGAACCACAAAGAGCAGCACUGUGUUGGCAAAUACAGGGAAUCCUGGAGUAACGAGUGCCAGUACAAAGAUAUCCAGUAGACGUAUCUAUGUUGGUGUUUUCUUCAUUCUAUAUAUGUAUUUUGCGCAAUAAGGCAUCUUUAGGACAAUGAUCUUUCUUCUUUCUUAAAUGUUGGCUUUACCUAAUAUAGAGUUGGGUAUAUACAUUGCAAUGAGUAUAUGUCAGUACAAUAUAAGAAACUCUUCUUAAAGGGUAAGUAAGGUAGUGAACAGCCCAUACCAUUGUUUUUAAAAUGAAAGAGAUACCAAGAAGCCCAAAGCACUAUUGCCUCUGUGCCUUCCUUCUGGUAUAUAACUGCUACCCUGCAGUGCAUAUUACUUCAUUCCAAACCACACACCCGGCAGGGCAGAAGGAAAGCAGCCAUUUGGAGUCAGGCUAUUGGUCAGCUUCACAGUCAGCACAGGCCCGCGGGCCUUGUGUUUGACACAUGAUCUAAAGGUCCCCAUACAUGGG